CGAAGCAAUACCCAUGUGCAGAGGUCCGCUGCUUCGAUUAUAUAAAGGGUAGGAAGUAUCUUUACACCUCAGUACAAUCUUCAACCAAAUUACUACAAAGAAACCUCAUCAGACCAUUACCACCUCAUCAACACCAGUUUAUCAUAAAAAUCUGUCAAAAUGGCAAGCUUCGGUCCCAACACCAUCGCCCAAGUCGUGACCGUCACCCCCAAGCCCGAUAAGCUUGAAGAAGUAAGUUUAUUUGUUCCCGGGCGAUCCCAAGUCUUUUUAUCGUCUCAAAAUAUUGCAAUAUGAUGACACUAUUUCUAACACAAAUCUCAACAGGCUCUUGCCCAAGGGGUUAAGUUUGCUAAAGCUGUCGAGGAUGCCGAACCCGGGUGUUUGGUGUACAAAGUUUCAAAGACUAAACCAUUGACGGGUGAUGGUCCAGAACAAGUUGUUAUGACUAUGGUGUAAGUAGUCCUACCUUUCUUUUUCUUCGUAGCUACCCUUCGUCCUUCCCACCACAUUAUUUCUGCGCCUUUGCUAGCUCAACCUUGAUACUUCAUCCUUCCUCUUUUCCGUACCCCAGUACUAUGGGCUGACCAGAUUUUGAUAGAUUCAAAGACGAGGCAGCAUUGAAAGCUCAUGAGGAGAGUGCUCAUGUUCAAACAUACAAGGCCGAGGGCAAGACAGCAGAUUUAUUGACUGGACUACCUGAUGCUAGAGUUAUUAUUCCUGCUGGAGGAUUCACCAGGGCUUAAUUUAGAGGCUUGGUUCGGUUUCUUGUCCUUAAAAAUCUUAUUGUACUUUUUACAUGUUCAAUAAAGCGAUUGUCGACCGAAGCGAUCUGAAU